AUGGCAAAAUUAAUUUUAAAUGUUGCUAAAGAGAUCACAUAUAGCAGAGGAGAUAUGAAAAAGUUUGCAGAAAAGAAAGGAGGUCUUUGCUUUGCAACUGAGUAUAUUAAUAAACAGAAUCCUCUUGAAUGGCAGUAUAAAGAAGGCAGAAAACAUGCUAUACUAAGUCAAAAGAUUAUCCCAGUACAAAGACAUAUUAUAUCAGAACAUAUCAAGUCAAAAGAUUAUUCUGGUACAAGAAUAUAUUAUAUUAUGUAUCCCAAUUUAAAGAUAUAA